AUGGACCCGAACUCGGUGGUUUCCUCCAACGUCAAGUCCGCGCGUUUGGAGUUUCUCAGCGACGAUGAGAUCCGAAAGCUUUCUUGCUGCCGCGUGGUGACAGCCGCGGCGUUUUCCGCGGCUGCGAGCGGCGCGGCGGGCAGCAGCAGCAGGAAAUGGGGCGCCGACGCCGCAGCAGCAGCAGCAGCAGCAGCAGCAGCAGCAGCGGGACUCGCUGCUGCUGUCCCAGGCGGCCUCCACGACAGCCGCAUGGGCGUUUUCGACGGCAGAGAAACCUGCGGCACUUGCGGGGCCUCCGGCAGCUGCCCCGGCCACUUGGGCCACAUUGAGCUGGAGCUGCCCGCGCUGCAGCCGAUCCUGCUGCCAUCUCUAGUCAAGCUCCUCAAAGGGGUUUGCUUCGAAUGCCGGCGUCUUCGACUGUCUCGACAGCAGAAGAGCCUGGAGGUGAAGCGCUUUCAGCUGCUGCAGCUGCUGCUGCUGCAGGAGCUGCGGCUAAUGGACACCGUUGUGGCCCGCAGCAGCAGCAGCAGCAGCAGCAGCAAAGCUGCUGGAAACGAAGACAGGAGCCGCAAAGAAAUCCUUGAGAUUUUUGCUGCUGUUGAGGCCGAGCUGAAUGCCCGGAUGCAGCAGCAGCAGCAGCAGCAGGAGGACAAGGAGCAGCAGGACGUGAACAAGCCUGCUGCAGCAGCAGCAGCAGCAGCAGCAGAUGAGGAAGACACAGCAGUUGCUGCUGCUGUCAAAGAAACAUUCAUGCUGCAGCACAUUGCUGAGGACUUCAGCAGCAGCGCCCUCCAAGGUACCACUGCGAGAAUAGUGACUGCGAAGGCCUCCAGGUGGCGCUUCACGAGGGGCAGUUUGGAAGACAGCGCAGCCAAACGUGGCGCGGGCGCGGGAAACACCCCCGCGUUGGUGAACAGUUUGUUGACUUCGCUGUGCAACAUUUCGCCCUUCUUUAGGUGCAGCACAAACGCCGUUUCUGUACAACUGGCCCCCAAGAACUCUGGAGUUGAACUCAAAUGGGCUUGGCAGUCUCAUUUGCCCUACACUUCCUCCAGCUUCUUCGGUACCCUUUUCGACGGGGGCCCCCAGGGGGGCCCCCCGGGGGGCCCCCCGGGGGGCCCCCCAGGGGGCCCCCAGGGGGGCCCCCCUGAGGGGGGCCCCCAAGAGGGUACUGGGGGGCUUCCUGGGGCCCGAGUUCAGCCAGAUGCAGGUUGUCUUAAAUACACUGUGCGUCUGGGUCCGUCGGUGUUUUUCCAGCGGGUGGUGGCCGUGGCAGCAAAUCGUUUUCGGCCGCCGCCAGCAGCAGCAGCAAAAGGGUUUGGGGCAGCAGCAGCAGCAGCAAGGGGGCAGCUGCUGCACCCCCGGACGCAGCAGCUGCAGGACAUUUUGAAGUUAAAUGAAAAAAUAAAAUUUGCUUCGAAUGUGCUGCGGCAUCCGGACCCUUUGGGGGCCCUCAAGGACCCUUCGCAGUGGGCUGCGCUGUUCACGGGGGCCCCCGAGCAGCAGCAGCAGCAGCAGCAGCAGCAGCAGCAGCAGCAGCUGCUGCAGCUGGCGCCCGAGCAGCAGCAGCUGCUGCAGGAGUUCGUGGAGCAGCACGCCGUUGCUGGCGCCAAGUGGCUCAGUUCUUAUGCUUUGCAACUCCAACUAAAAUUAAAUGAAAUGACAGACAACACAAAAGCGGAAAAGCCACUUGCUGCUCCUCCCGGAGUUCGGCAAUGGAUGGAAAAAAAGGCAGGAGCCAUUCGCCAGCGCAUGCAGGGCAAACGCGUCAACUACGCAGCCCGCACUGUCCUGGCCCCUGACGGGCUGCUCGCCCCCAACGAGGUCCCUAGGGUGUCGGUGCCUCUGGACUUCGCAAUGAAACUCUCAGUGCCCGAAGCCGCCACUUCUUUUAAUGCUUUUGCUUUGAGCCAAAUGGUCAUUAAUGGGCCUUUCAAACACCCGGGGGCCCUCGCCCUGGAAGACGAUCAAGGAAACUUCUUCAACUUGGAGUUCAUGUCUGCUGCAGCGCGGGCGGGGAAAGCAGCAAAGCUGCUGUCUGCUGCUGCUGCUGGCGCUGCUGAGGGGCGGAGUUUUCGGGUGUACAGACACCUGAAGGACGGGGACUUGGUGCUGAUGAACCGGCAGCCUUCUUUGCAUCGUUUGUCACUAAUGGGGCAUUUUGUGAAAGUAAAUAAACCUUCAAGUUUGGAGUUUAAUUUUAAUUCUUUUUUGGAAAAAGCAGGACUAAAGAGGAAGGACGGCAGCUACAGACAGGUCACCCGCGCGCUGCUGCACAAGCGCCAGCAGCAGCAGCAGCAGCAGCAGCAGCAGCAGCAGCAGCAGCAGCAGGAGCCUGCUGCUGCUGCUGCAGCAGCAAAAAGCGAUCAGGCCCCGGAGAGAGUCUUCAGAAUCAACUUCGUCAACUGCAGCAGCUACAAUGCAGACUUCGACGGAGAUGAAAUGAACCUACACGUCCCACAGGACCCUGUGUCUCGUUCUGAGGGCCGGCUGAUACUAAAUGCUGACCGCCAAUUCACAGUUCCCAAAAACGGAGAUCUCGUGAGAGGUUUAAUUCAAGACUAUUGUCUUGCGGGGGUUUUGCUGACAAGCCGCGACAGUUUCUUCGACUUGCAGCAGUUCAGCACCCUCGUGAUCACGACAAUCCUGAAGACCCUGGUGGACGGCUUUGCCCGCACCCGCCUGCGCCACGUGGCUGCUGCUGCUGCUGCUGCUCCCCCCCGCAGCAGCAGCAGCAGCAGCAGCAGCAGCAGCAGCAGCAGCAGCAAAAGAGUAAAAGAAGCUUUGGAAGGCUAUAAAGGAAUUAAUUUGGAGUCAAAAGCCAAAACGCCCGGAGACGCCUGGGGGGGUGUAGAAGACGGAGACACAGAGGAAAGCACAGUUGUAAUAAAGGAGUCUGAGCUGCUGCAGGGGGUCUUUGACAAGAACCAGUUUGGCAGCAGCAGCGGCGGUUUGCUGCACUGCGUCUAUUUGCUGCUGGGCUCCGCUGCAGCAUCGUCGCUGCUGCAGUCCCUUGGGGCUCUUUUCUCCUGCUUCCUCAAGUUGCAGUGA